UUUCAGCGGUCUUCGGGGCAAGGCGGGACAUGAGGACAACGGCGCCGAACCGUGUCUGGCGUUUCCUGGAGAGCGGAACGCUUGUGAAGCUAGCAAUGCGGAAAGAAGACGUUGUCUCACUUUGUCCCAGAUACUUGGCACCUUUGUCCGUACUGAUUGGGCAGCCUACGACUGUCAGUCUUAGUCUUUGCCACAACACGCUUAUCACGCAUCACGUCGGCGUUUGACGAGUAACUUUAGCCUCUACUGCGAAGCGGUGCUCUCCUGACGUUGCGCUACGGCUAGAGCGAUCUGAGAUUGAACACUUGCUCGCUGAUGCGGAAAGACUUGCUGACACCAAUGUCUUCACGUCAAAUUGCCAGGCAAAAAUGGGCGGGAUCAGUAUCACCGGCCGGAGGAGCUCAAACAGACGACGACAGGCCGAGGGGCGGAGAAGCGAGGACAUUGUAUAACGGUGCUGGAUCGAUCAUCUCACCGUCUUUUCACCGACGUCUUUUGCACAAAUCUGCUUUUUUUUUUUUUGGCAUAAGCUCUGUGCAGUAUACGUAUCCGUCAUCCUCUUUCUUUCUCCCCUGUUCGAACUUGGUGAUGGUUUGCCGAAGUAGGUACUUCUCCCGGCGGCUCUCAAACGCCAUACUGGAUCAGGCUGCGCCUCGAGAUGUCGAUGUAAUCUGCUCGUCAGACAUCUACCCGUUGUUCCACUCUGACGAUUCGACGAACCCUCCCCCGGAGAUGAUAUUCGGCAAGGAAGACAUACGGAGCACCAUGUGGACUGGAUGGGUUCCGAGUGUAACCACUUCUAUUUUAGUGUCUCCUUGCAAGGAGGAAGAACCCGACGCUGUGGAUGAAGUUCAAAGUAUUCGCGGAGAGCGACCAACUGCGGAGCACGAUCAAUCGGCUCGCCAUAGCUCAAGCUUCCGUAGGAAAGUUGGACAACAGAUGCCCACCAUACGGUACCGAGCCGGCAUGGAAAGUUACCUUCUGGAACGUGGGAAACGAGGAAGGACGCAGUUGCCUAGUCUAGUAUCGAAGACGCCGGCGGUUCGAAGGCGUGACGCCAGCAAACACCAUGCAACAUCCGCGCAGCACACAGAAAUGCCAAGCGACUGAAAUGGCGUGCAGGAAGACUUCCACAACGACUAGAGGAGUCAUGGCCGUGCAUGGCUCCAACAUGCACAUGGGAGAUGAAGCUGUUGUUUUCCUCUUCCCUUUCACGAUAUGCACGAGAAAGGGGUUCGGUAUCCCUCAAAACCUUGACUCCGGACAGCGGACACCGGAAGAGAGACAUGACUACAAACGGCCUCUUGCGGUAACAUCGCCGCAGAAACCCCCCAAGAAUCGAUUU